AUGUGUCACUCAACCGGUGGCCAAAUCGCUGGAACGGCAGAUGAACACUCGCGGACCAUGAGCCGGCGUCUUUGUCUCGUAAAGUCGCCUCACGAUUGCGGAUGCUACUACAGCUUCCUACCAAUAAUGUGGUAUCGUAUUUCGACCAUACGAUCACUUCUUUACGAUGAACUAUCCGCCUUCUCUGACUUGGAGCGACAGGUCUGGAUGGAGCUGCGGGCUGAGACGCAGUCUAAUCGUCCUCCUCGUCAAGUUUACGAUUACUGCGAAUGCGAAUAUCACAACGACUGCCCUCGUGGACCACCUGGGAAAAGAGGUACGACAACAUUUGCUCAAGUCCAAAACCUAUCUCAACCAUUCUCAGGCGCGGAUGGAGAAGACGGGCUUCAUGGUGAGAGUGGUGCACCUGGAUUACCAGGUGCUCCUGGAAUUCUGCCUGAAGCUCUUUAUCAGCAUAUUGACGGCUGCAUGAUCUGCCCGUAUGGUCCAAAAGGGAAGCAGGGAGAACCUGGACCUCCUGGACCACAGGGCGUACCCGGAUUCGCGGGAAAAGAUGGACGGAACGGAAUCCCAGGGGCAAACGGCUCUCCAGGAGAAGCUGGACCACCAGGAGCGAGCGGAGAGCCAGGACGCAACGGAGAGCCAGGAACUCCCGGCCUGGAUGGUGUGAUGGGCAUCAAAGGUCUCCAUGGUGAACCAGGUGAACCCGGUCAACAAGGCUACAAAGGCGAACCUGGAAAAGCAGGCGAACCAGGGAAAUUCGGGCUCUCAAGGUCCUCCAGGACCGCCUGGUAA